AUGGAUCUCGUCUCCUCAUGUCGAGCAAUGGAGAGGCGGAAGCCUUCUCCUUCCACGCCUGUGAAGGCCUUCUCACCCGGUGCGGCGGCGGCGGCGGCGGCGACGAAAUCGUCGAUCCCCGAAGAAAUCGUGACGCCAGAGAAGCUGGCAGAGUUGCCAAGGCGGAUCAGGAACCGUGGCGUUGCGUUUUCCAUGAAGGAGGUGAGGAAGAUUGCCGCGAGCCUCCGGCAGCCCCACGGGGUCUCACCCGAUCGGACAAAGAAAUCCAGACCUCGGUUCGCGGAGAAGGACACUGCACUUGGUCCGAUCUUUGAUAAUGUUCAGAUGCGGCUCCCGUUGAAACCCCUCCCCAAACUCACAGAAACGUAAGAACACUCUCUUGGCGUUCUCAUCGAAUUUAAAACUCCAUCAGAGUCGCUGAGUUUAGCGCUUUUACAUGUCUCGAUUAGAUCUGAAGAAAGUUCUUGUUCUGUUGCAUUAUCUGUGUAAUGGAUCUGGAAGAUUUAUCGGUUUUUUCUCAAGUAUUUUACAAUCUCUCACUGUCUUUUUAUGUAUUGGAUCUGCUUCACAUGUCUUAUUCAUUCAUCUAUCAGUGAGGUGAUGAACCAUGUUUUUGCCACCAAAUCACUACGGGUUCUUAGUCACAAACUUUAAUCUCGUUCUGACCAGGCGUGAGAUUCUGCUGGAAUUCUUCAACUCACUGACAUCGUCGAUCAGAUUGCUCCGUCGGAAAGGCCACAUGUCUAACUUUUCGAAGAUCAACAGCAAGUGGAGUCUCUCACUAACAGGUAGAAAUCACCGUGUUGCUACAUUCUUGGGAAAUCCAUCUGGGGAAACUAGACAAAAUCGACUUCGUUGCAACGGUUCAGGAGGUUUUCUUAUGGACAUCUGGCCCAACUCAAGUACAUCCUACCAGAAGCGAUGUGUAUCAAGAAGAUCCUCAGGCACCUCUGGCGCGUGGCCGCAAGAUGAUCUUCAUCGGCUACGAGUGCGGAUCAAAGGCACGGUAGUGCCUACGAUCCCACCACGAGGCGUGUCCAUGUGACACGGGACGUGGUGUUCGACGAAAAUGCCUAGUGGGACUGGGGCAGCGGCGCGGAGCAAGGGGAUGCGGGCAGCCACGACAUGUUCACAUUGGAGUAUGCCGUCGGGAACCAGGUACCUCCGGAGCUCGAAGGCGCCAUCGAGGUACUUGAUGAUGAUGCGCUAGGACCAGAGCCGAUGUCGCCGCCAUCCGUGCACUCCAGUGGGGGGGCGGUGCCGAUUGAAGAUGGAGGAAAGGAGGUGGAGUUCGCCACUCCACCCAGUGUCCACAUCGACCACCUGGAUGCUAAUCACGAUGAUGCGCCAUUCCGGUUCCACAAGAUCGACGACAUCGUUGGGCUGGCCUCGCCGCGUGGUCUCGCGUCGCGGGCAUUAAUUGCAGAGGAGCUGCACGUUGUAAGUUCUGAUGAGCCGAUCUCUUUUGCUGAAGCAAAGGGCCAUCCGAGCUGGAGGAAGGCUAUGGAGGAGGAGAUGGGGUCGAUCGAGGAGAACCGCACCUGGUCAUUGGUUGACCUCCCACAUGGUCGCCGGGCGAUCAGGUUGAAGUGGGUGUACAAGGUGAAGCGGGAUGAAAACGGAGCUGUGACGAAGUACAAGGCGCGCCUAGUGGUGAAGGGCUAUGUGCAACGCCAGGGGAUCGACUACGACGAAGCUGUAAGAGGGCUGUAAGAGGUUGCUUAUUGCUUACGGUUAUUCCUUUUCCCCCCUUUUUGCUCCCUUAUUUAAAGAGGGCUGUAAGAGGUUUUCUAUGAGCGAGAUAGUCUUCCUUGUUCCUCCUGCUGGGUUUUUCCUAUGA